GUCAGUCCAAUCCGAACCAAGGCCCGCUUGUGUAUUGCCGAGAGAAGAAGGGUCUCGAUUGAGAAGAGCACUUCGUGGUGCAUUUUGUUAUCGCCUCGCUCCAUCGGCCUUUCAUUCGAGCUACUGGUUCCCCAGUAUUCUACAUGAUAUAUUUUGUAGUUUUUUACGGUAGCUUGAAUUCGAUUGCAGAAGUAUUUUUACGUUGAGUAUACGUAUUGUAUUAGCUCUUUGUCGAUAAAAUCCUUUUAUUUCCCACAACAACAUGGAAAAACCACCCCCGACUGUCGCAGAUCUCGUCUUGAUCGGUGGCGGUCACGCGCACGCGCACGUUCUGAAAAUGCUCGGCAUGAAAAGCACCGCGCAUUCCUCACGCAACACGGUAUACGGAUCACCCUCAUUGCCAAGGACAUACACACCCCGUAUUCCGGUAUGCUUCCCGGCUUCGUGGCGGGACACUACGAUCACGAUCAGAUUCAUCUGGAUCUGAAUCAGUUAUGUCACGUGGCCAAUGCACGACUCGUUCACGCGGCGGCCUGCAAAAUUACCUACCGCAACGGUGGCGGUGGACUCGUCUACCUGAACGAUGGCCGUCCCCCCAUACGGUACGAUUGCGUUUCCAUUGAUAUCGGGAGUGCCCCGGCGUAUGGUGACGUUGUGUGCCAGCCCGGUGUGGUACCAGUCAAACCGAUCGCCAAUUUUUGCACAGCUUACCAAGCACUCGUCAACCGUUGGGAAAAUGAAACACCAUCGUCCACAGCAGCAAAUGACCAGGACACGACGUCAACCAACGGCACAAGGGCAGAACCGCCAAGCCCCUACGUCGUGGCGGUUGUUGGUGGUGGUGCGGGAGGGUUGGAACUCGCCUUGUCAGUUCAAUAUCGGUUGCGAAGCAUCAACCCAAAUGCUCCGUUACGCCUCUUGGUUGUCACGCGCGGGAAGACAAUACUGGAAGGACACAAUCAUCGAGUCCAGGCCAAGUUCCAACGCAUUAUGCAGGAAAGAAAUAUCGAAAUUUACUACCUCGCCACCGUUGUAAAGGUGGCAGAAGACUCAUCCACAAUGCGCAAGCGCCUUAUUCUUUCGCCAGAAGGCGCCGCUGUGCACGGCCGAGACUCAUUCGUCGUCGAUGCUUGUUUAUGGUGCGUCACGGCGGGUGUCGCGCCGUGGCUGAAAGCUGACACGCCAUUCGCCACGACGAAGCAAGGAUUUCUCCGUGUCCACGAUACGUACGAAUCAAUUGAACAUCCUGGAGUCUUCGCCGCCGGCGAUUGCUGUCACGUAGACAAGCAUCCGAGACCCAAAGCUGGAGUAUUUGCUGUACGGGCCGGACCAUACUUGCUUGACAACUUGCUGCGAUAUGUUUCUUCAAAGCCCCUUAUUUCGCACAAACCCCAAAGUCAUUUUCUGGGUAUUUUAGCGACCGGGAACAAGUAUGGUGUAGCGUCGAAAUCAUGGUGGUUAGCCACGGAAGGAUCUUGGAUAUGGACCUGGAAAGAUUACAUUGAUCGUACCUGGAUGGCCAAAUACAGUACUGAUCUACCCGAUCUUAAAGACAUGAUGGCGAAUCAAAAGCACUCAACUCAGCAAAGCGGCCAACAAACGAAUGCUUUUGUUGCUUCUAAAGGGGACGAAGUACUGCAGGCCUUUACAUCAGAUCCAAUGCGGUGUGGAGGGUGCGGCGCCAAAGUUGGGGCCACGAUCGUUUCACGCGUCUUGGCAGCUGUCUACGAACGGCAAAUUGAACGAGCUAAAUUAUUGGGGCUGCCCCAGCCGUCACGGAUCGAUCACGACGAUGCAGCGGUUCAGAUACUUCCAAAUAAAGCAGGUGGCGCCAUUGUUCAAACUAUUGACUACUUUCGAGAAAUCGUAAAGGAUCCAUUUACCUUCGGGAAAAUUGUGGCAGUCCAUGCUCUAAGCGAUAUCCACGCUAUGGGGGCGACUCCCCAAACAGCCAUGACACUGGCUGUUGCACCGUUUGCUGCUGACGAAGAGGUAACAGAAUCGACUCUAUUGCAUUUACUUAGUGGAGUCAGUGAUAUUUUGCAGGAUGAAAAUGUGCAGCUUGUUGGUGGACACACUUGUGAAGGAUUGGAGUUAGCAUGCGGAUUGAGUGUCCAAGGAUAUACGGAUAAUCCGAAACUGCUCUUACGUAAGCAAGGUGGUGCAAUAGGAGAUAAAAUCGUCUUGACCAAGCCAAUAGGUACCGGGGCACUCUUUGCAGCCGACAUGAGGGCUCGUUGUAAAGGCUCAUAUAUGUCGGAAGCCCUCGACAGCAUGAUUCACAGCAAUUGCCAUGCAAGCCAAGUUGCGAUGCGAGCAAAGGGCAUCAGAUCGUGCACUGACGUCACUGGUUUCGGUCUCAUUGGUCAUUUGCUCGAAAUGCUCAUGGCAAACGAAACGGUUAAGGAAUUGGACAGCAUCGGCGCGGUAGUAAACAUUGGCGAUAUCGAUUUUCUACGCGGUGGGUUAGAGGCAUCUGCGAAUGGCAUUUUUUCGACACUCCAAUCACAAAACGGGCGAAAUCGACGCGCUAUUGUCAAUCACACUGAAGCCGCUGAAAAGUAUCCGGUCAAGUACCCACUAUUGUUCGACCCUCAGACUGCUGGCGGUCUAAUGUUUUUCGUCGAUGCUCUGAGUGCUAGUGAAUUUCUAGCUGAACUACGUGCGGCUGAUGUGAAUGCCCAUAUAGUGGGAGAGCUAGUUUCAUAUCCUGCAGAAAGUAAUGCGGCCGCCGGUUUCUCCGAGAGUGUUUGCACGAUUGGAAGUGGCGGAGCAGUGACGGGCAAAAGGAUCCGUGUGCGGUAACAGCGGACGCCGGACCAAUUUUUGUUCCGCGAUUCCACUGUGUUAAGAAAGCAGUCUCUACU